AUGUCGUCGGGGGCUGCGGUCUCGUCAAUGUCGUUGUUGCCGUGCUUGGGUGAGAAGUCAAACUUCAGCACGUGGAAGUUUCGCCUUAAACUGAUGUUAGAAGAUAAACAAGUUGCAUACGUAUUAAAAGAAGGAGACAAUGAAAAAGAAAAAUCCGCCGAAUUUAUCAAAGACGAUUCGAGGGCAAAGUCUUUAAUUGCAAUGUGCGUUUCCGACCGCUACAUUGAAAUAAUAAAGGAUGGGAAAACAGCGAGAGAGAUGAUUACGUUAUUGGAAAAUACAUUUGAGAGAAAAAGUGUCUACAACAGGUUCUACCUAAAACGCAAAUUAAUAACUCUAAAGUGCAAUGAGCCAUUAGAAACAUACCUCAUAAAGUUCUCAUCAAUUGUUAAUGAUCUCCAGGCGAUUGAAGUCAAAAUUGAUGAUGAAGAUAAGAUUUGUUACCUGCUGUCAUCGCUGCCUAAGGAAUAUGAUCCUGUAAUUACAUCCAUCGAGACCAUGGCUACAGAGAAGAGACUGACAUUUGAUUUUGUAAAAGCCAGAUUGCUGGACGCUGAGACAAAAAUCAUCACAAACAAGGACACGACCGAUCAAGAGAGUGCAUUCAUCACAUGUUUUACUUGUGGUAAGCCGGGACACAAAAGCUAUGAGUGUAAAGAUAGGACUAAUGAAAAAGAGCCACAUCGAGGCAGGGGCCGUGGGAGAGCUGCUGGCCGAGGUCGCAGAGCUGCACGAGGACAACCCACACGAGGUCGAGGACAACGUGGUCAAGCCCAAGAGACGUCCCUAGCUGGUAAGGCGGAAGUUGGAUUUUUUGCCAGUGAAUACAUGUUUGGAUCAGUUGAUAAUUCUAAUAUUACAUUUAUCGUAGAUUCAGGUUGUACCCAACAUAUUAUAAGUGAUCAAUAUGAACAAUAUUUAACUGAUAUUAAAACAUUGCAAAAAAGUGUUAAAAUAUAUGUUGCUAAUGGUCAAUAUAUAGAGAGUAAUAAAAAGGGAAAGUUGAAGUUCAUGUAUAAACAUAUAAAAAUAAAUAUAGAGGCAUUGAUUGUAAAGAAUAUUUCAUAUAAUUUAUUGUCAGUAAAUAAAAUAACUGAAGCAGGAUUUCAUAUAAAGUUUAAUAAAACAAAAGCUGUAAUAAGAAAUAAAAAUAUAUAUGUUAUUUGUUAUGCUGAGGGAAUGUUAUAUAAAUUAAAUGCUCAAUUAUGUAGUGAAAUAUGUAAUAUCAGUAAUAACAAGAGUGAUGAUGUUCUUUCUAACAUUUGGCAUAGACGGUUAGGUCAUUUAAAUAAAAAAGGAUUAGGUAUUAUGAAUUUACAGGUUUCUGAAAAAGUUUGCGGCCCAUGCAUAGAAGGUAAAGCUACGAGAACACCAUUUAAGCUGACGCCGAGACCUAGAUCUAGGAGAGUAGCAGAGUUGUUGCAUACAGACAUUGCAGGUCCUACCAAGAACUGUGGUUUAAACGAGACGAACUUACCAAAAUUCUUAUGGUGUGAAGCCAUUCAGUGUGCUGCAUACCAGUUGAACAGAUCUCCAUCCUGGGCUAUCAACUUUAAUACUCCAUGCUUUAUGAAAAAUGGACAUAAUGAUUUAUCAAGACUGCGAGUCUUUGGAUCAAAAGCUUGGACAACUAUAAUACCGAAACAGGAUAAGUUAAGUAAAAGAGCAAAACCUACAAGAAUGGUUGGUUACAAUACUGUGGGCUAUAGAUUAUGGAAUCCAGAAGAUAAUACAAUAAUAAUAUCAAGAGAUGUCAUAUUCGAUGAAAGCGAUUUUAAAUAUAUCGAAGACAAAGAAAGUGAAGAAGAACAGCUUAUUCAAGAAGAAAUAGACUAUCAAGUACAGAAAACUGCAGAAGUCAGAGACAAGGAAAUUAGAAGCACAGAACCUGAGACUACAGAAUGUCAAGAUAUUCAAAUAGAAGCAGAAAAAGAAAAGAACUUAAAUAGAGAAAGUGAACUAGUAAAGAAGUCAAGAUCAGCAGAGUCAGAGUACAUUGCUGCUGCUGCCACAGCUCAAGAGUUGGUGAAUCUUAAAGGUCUCAGUCAACAUUUAAAGUUCAAAAAUGAUGCCAUCUUACUCGUGGAUAAUAUAGGAGCAAUUUCUAUGUCUAAAAGUUAUGAAAAUUCAAAAAGAACUAAACACAUAGAUAUUAGGGCUCAUUUUCUUAAAGAUAUUGUUGAAAAGGGCAUCAUUGCUAUUGAAUAUAUUAAUUCUAAUGAUAACUUAGCUGACAUAAUGACUAAAAGUUUAUGUAAAGACAAAUUUUUAAAAUUUAGAGAUCAAUUUAUGUGU